CACGAGGCAGGCCAAGUCAGUAAGCGCGUUCCUGGUUGCAUGCUCGCAACUCUCUCUUCGCUGGAUUAAGGCCUCCGCGAUCCUCAACGACUUCGAGAGACACAUACAUGUAACAGCGGCAACGCAAACACACAAAAGUAAAGUGCGUUAGAGUUUGUGGGAUCGAAAAGCGCGUGAAAAACGAGAUGCGUGCGGGCGAUUGAAGACGCUUGAGUAAUUCCGCGGAUUUGAAAACCCUCGAAAUUGAUGUACGUGCGUUGGGAAGGAAAAAAAAGCAUCGCUGUAAUGAGAGCACCGAUUCUGACGUGAAACGUCAAACGAGAGGAGACUCCGGGAAACGCGCUCGGCUGUGCGAAUAGAUUUGGAAAGCGUGCGGAUUUGUAGGCGGAAAAUCCAUCAGAUUAUAUUUUUUAAAUGGAUUUCGAGCUAGGGGAAUCGAGCGAUCGUGGAAUUCGGAGCAUCGGUGUCUUCAGUGUGUUGCACGGAUUUUAGUACGAAAAUAUAAACUUCAACGUUGGCGAAGUGCUCGUGGCAAUCGUCGAUUGAAAGAUCUUCACGGGAGAAAAAUUCCGAGCAAUUCUGCAGCGAUCUUACCCACGGAAAUAAUCGUUUUGAUGAGAGAUUGAAAAACAUUGAAUUUCGCGAGGAAAGCAUUCGCUAGUUUCCAACUGUUCCGGUGCAUGUGCCCGUGUGUGUUGUUAUCACAUGCAUCCGUGUGCGUAUAAUUGUGUGUUCGUGCGUUCGUUUGUCCGCGUUGAGAGCGCGCUUUUAUAUAUUUUAUGGUGAAAGUGCUAAAGAAAUUGGUAACGGAAACGUCGCACGCGUCGGACCUCUCGUGUGGCAUCGACCCGUUGUUUGCACAUCUCUUCGCUCCUUCGUCCUUUAUCCUUCGCUCGUCUUCCGUGACAAACCAUCCGAUCGAUCUGUCACUCAAUGGUGAACACCCGAUGACAUUAUCAGCCGAUCGAACGGAUACGAAUACAGUGAAAGGGUACGAUGGAUCUGAUGAAUAAUUAACAGCCGAAGAGACGUUUACGAAUAGGGCAAGAAUAAAGAAGAUUAAUCAAAAUAAGCAACGAGAGAUAAGAGUCGGAGCGGGUCGAGGGGGAAUAAACGUGCGAUGAACAGCAAAACAUUCAUCGUUUUCUUAAUACUUCCUUGGAUUAGUAUAAUCGGAGAUCCUACCGAGGCGUCAGAAUGGGCAAGCGUUUUGGACGAAUCGCUGGACGAGCGUCACGACGCCGAGAUCUUUCGCGCCGUCGUCGAGUCAAUGAGACAAUGGGAAAAUCAUAAAAAAAAUUCUCACAGAAUGAAAAGAGCUACCUCGAGAGUUUGCUACGAAGAAGUUGGAUGUUUCGAGGACACUGGGCCGUUCAGUUAUCUCGAGAUGCUUCCAUCACCUCCGAAAGACGUCGGUACCAGAUUCUUCAUGUACGGGAGUAGGAAAGCGCGCUCGGUGCCCAUGGAGGUACCAGCUGAUGAUAUUAAUGACAAAGUCAACAAUGCCAUUGAUCCGGAUCUCCCGACCAAAGUGAUAGUCCAUGGUUUUGGCUCGGGGUGCGAACACGUGUGGGUCUACGAAAUGCGCUCGGCUCUGAUGUCCGUUCACGAUUGCAACAUUGUAUGCGUUGACUGGAGCCUCGGCAGUGCUAUACCGAACUACGUGAGAGCAGCCGCAAACACGAGACUCGUGGGGCGACAAUUGGCGAAGCUCGUUAGAAGUUUGAACGUUCCUUUGGAGAAGGUUCAUCUCAUAGGUUUCAGUCUGGGUGCUCACGUGGCUGGAUUCGCUGGAGCAGAGCUUGCAAACGUUUCGAGAAUCACUGGUCUUGAUCCAGCCGGACCGCUGUUCGAAUCGCAGGAUCCACGGGCAAGACUCGACGAAACUGAUGCGAAUUACGUCGACGUGAUUCACAGCAACGGCGAACAACUCAUUCUAGGCGGUUUGGGAUCUUGGCAACCAAUGGGCGAUGUUGAUUUUUAUCCAAACGGUGGAAGAAUGCAAACUGGUUGCUCCAAUCUCUUCGUCGGAGCUGUUUCCGAUAUUAUUUGGAGUGGCUCGAUCGAGGGAAGGUCAUUGUGCAAUCAUCGACGAGCUUAUAAACUUUUCACGGACUCGGUCAGCCCAAAGUGCCGAUUUCCGGCGUUUCCCUGUGAAAGCGGUUACGAUGGUUUGCUGAAGGGGGAUUGCUUUCCAUGCGGGGUUAAUGGCGACGAGCGGUCGUGCGGCGACAUGGGAUACUACAGCGACGCGACUGGAGCACGUGGUCAGCUCUACCUGGUAACCCGGGAGGAAGAACCCUUUUGCGCGUAUCAAUAUCAGGUCAAGGUCUACAACAGCCGAGGCGAGAGACCGGCUAGAAGUUACGGCAAGUUGCAGGUCACGUUGGUUGGGCAAAACAACUUUAAUGAAACUUUCACAAUGACGCGCAAAGAUGACGAGGAACUUCUCGUUGGCUCGAUACUCCAAAAAAUCGUCGUACCUCAUCCGGCGGUUGCGGAUUUAGGAGCGAUCGAGAUCAAGUACACAGCGUACAGCGGCUGGAUAUCCUCGGGCCUCGUAUCAUGGAGCGUUGACAAGGUCUCGGUGCUCGAUAGUUUCGGCAAAAGUUUGUCAGUCUGCAUGAGAGGCCUUCCCCUUGAAUCCGGACGCGCCGUAUUUCUCCCGUUGUAUCCGGGCGAAUGUAACAACCCAAUGGAUCUCGAUAAUUCAACAUCGAGCCACAGCAACGCGACGAAAUUAGCUGCGAUGCGGAUGGAACCGAUGGAAAAGAAAAGCGACGAGGUGAAACCUGCCGGUGGGAUUGGCCCGUUCACGAGAGAGCAAAAUUACGAAAUGAAGGAUCUUUAUCCAGGCGAUGCAGUCAGCGAGAACAAACGUCCUCAAAAAGGCCUUGGCCCCUUUACCAAAGACCAGAACACAAGUCCAGCGAUGAAAGAAGAAUCCGUACAAAUAGCAUUCGUACCAAAAGACGGUGAGAAUAGUCCGUCGAUAACGGACUCGAAAAAGUCCAUCGCCAGCCCCUGGUCCUACGUGGACGUCAGCGACGCUGGCUCAAAUUCGUUGGAAAAUACAGAGAUCGAAAAUGGAAGAGCUUUCUCCGGCUCGAAUUUCGUGCCGAGCAGCACUCCGGAAACUGCCUCGAGAACAACCGUUUCGCUGAAUUACACGAGUGAGGCUCGCGAGGUCAGUUCUCAAGUCGCGAAAAAAGAAACCGGGAGAUCAAUGAGAUUACCGGAAAUAAUUGAACCGAUUUUGCGAGCACGCGCUACGAGACAAAAUUUAAAAAACGACGAUCAUUCUCAAGGUGAAACAAGCAACGAGGAUCCCGAAGAUGCCUCGAGAUCCAACUCGACCCAAGCCAUAAGAGCGUUCACAGUGCAAUUUUUGCCCGAACGAAUCGUCGGCAUUCUCGCGCAAGCCGAAAAAUACGCCAGGCAAACAUUGCUCCCACUGAUUUCACAGUACACGCCCAGCUUCGGUGGGAGUGCGCGACAGGAGAGAGUCAAGUACUUUCCUCCGUUGACCGAUCUCGAGGAAAAUACCACGAGCGACUCUCCUGUCCCGGAUAAUGUUGCAUCUCCGGAAAAUACAGUGAAAAACAACGAAGUAGACAACAGUGAAGGCCGGGGUGUAGCGAACGAUCGACAAGUGACGAGUGGCUCAUCGAGAACGGGCAAAGAAAUGGAGAGACUGCAAGCCUUGAGGGCGAGUGGAGAAAAUAUUAGAGCAGCGUUGCCCGGCGAAAUACGUAAAUCGGAGACGUCGGAAUUGAUCUCAACGAGUGAAAAAAGUGCGCUACCGAGACAGCGGGAGAGUCUGAAUAGCGAGCAAAGUGAUUGGAUACCGAUCGAGAGGGAGAGCGACAAAAGUCAAAGGAACUCUUCGAGAUCGUUGAAUAAUGAGAAUUACGCGAGUAGGUGGAUGAGCGAGGGGGCUGUAGUUUGGAAUCCGCCAAUCGAGGAUACCGAGGCGGGUCCUGACACCAAGAUCGACGAUUGGGUUCCUAUCACUGACAAGACGAGGAACAAGAGUGAUUCCGGUGACUCGAAAGCGACGUUGAGCGAUCGUCAGAAUUCGAUGGAAGCAAGAGAGGCAGGAAUGUCUUCGAGAUCAGGUUGGAACGUGGCGUCGACGAGUCCUCAAAGUCCGAUCCCUUUGACGGCGAAUUCCGAGUUCGGCGUCGACGCUUCCGCAAGAAAAUACGGAGAAUCAUCGAGUUCGAUAUCGAACGUGAAUUCGUCGAUGAUGGACAAACCGGAAGAGCGAAAGUACAUACCGCUAGUCGAUUUCGCAGACCGCGAUACUUUCCUCGCCCCGAAAGAUACCAAUGAACAAUCGACCAGUCAGCGAACCACAGAAACAACGAGCAUUACCUCGCACAUACAGAAAAUUCCUGUCGCGACUGAAAAACCCCGCGAUAAUCCCCUCAACAAACGAGCUAUUUUAUUCCCAUAUGCUUACGAGCGCAAUAAAGAUCCUCGAACCAGGUACAUACCGUUGAUACCCGAGGAGGAAAUGGGAAUGUUUAAUCCUCUAACAGAGAGAGAUCGUUAAAUAUUUACGGGUACAAGAUGAGCGACUGUUUUAUAAAACUAGCUUGAGACCGAGACAAAAUAAAUAGCAUUAAACCUGCAUUUUUAAGGAACCGAAUUUCUCAAGCGUUCCUUCGAGAUUGAUAAAGAACAAUAUAAUGGAAUCUUGUGAUUUUUUUCCCCCGAAGUUGCUAUUUUAACGGCGACUUGAACGGGAGAAGGCCGAUUCGAAAAGGUCGUUUUUUUAAGUACCCACUUCUCUUGUAAUCAGAGCACGGUGGAGUGGCUAAAAAUAGAACGAUAAAAUUGUGAUUU